CCCGGACUCUCGUUCCCCAGCAGCAUCAGUCCCUUGACAAGCCAUCACAAUCAUCAUCACGAUCAUCAUUUGAGAUCAAUAAAAAAGCAGAAAAUUACCAAAGCAGGCGCCAUGAGCUCAGUUCUGAAACCUACCCGCUCUUCCACUCUCUUGCUUCGUCCUCUGCUCCUCCGACCGUCUCAUACCCGCCUAUACCAGAAAGAGGUCCACAGCAACAAGGGCGAAGAAAUGUUCAUUCCUCCUUCGUAUCCGGAUGACCUCGAACCUCCAAAGCUGAUCUACAAAAAGGAGACCAAGGAAAGUAUUUGGGACGAGUUGCAGGCUACAAUGAGUGAGACUUCGGUCAAAGCCGACCGCGGGGACAUCCAGUUCGCGCCCAAGAAACCCGCGGUGAAGACAGACGGGGCUUUUGCCGAGAGGGAAGAGCCAAGAAUUGACGAAAUGUGAUUCUUAGCUGUAGCUCUAGGGGUGGGAUCUGUGAUUUCAUUUCGCGACUUGACAUAUUUGCGAUGCAGAUCAGAUUGUUUAACAUGAACCCGUGGUUGACUCAACGGAAAUUGUCAAUGUAUGCUCUAGCUCUAAGCCUGGCCUUUUAAUAAAUCUACAUUGUUCG